AUGGACCGUGGGUGGACUAAGUCCAUGCUGGUGGUUCUCGCCGGGGCGUCCGCAAUUGCUUCCCCUACGAGCGAAUGUACUCGGAACACUGCCCCGAUGCAGGCCCAUCUGGCCUAUUCGGGAGACCGGGGCAUGACGGUGAGCUGGAACACCUACUCCAAGCUGCAUCACCCCUAUGUUCGCUACGGACGCCAUCCCGAUGCCCUUUGGCAGUGGGCGGAGUCGGACGUUUCGGUCACCUAUCCCACUUCGACCACCUACAACAACCAUGUGAAGAUCACGGGCCUGGAGCCCAACACGAUGUAUUACUAUCAGCCGCAGUGUGGGAACUCCACGCAGAUCUAUACCAUGAAGACUGCUCGUGUGCCUGGUGAUAAGACGCCCUUCACCAUUGCAGUUGGCGGGGACUUGGGGUUAAUGGGUCCCCAAGGACUUACAACCACUACUGGUCCGAACGGCGGGAAUGCCCCGUUAGGCCCCCACGACAAUAACACAAUCCAGUCCUUGCAGUCGAUGAAGUCAGAGUGGGAAUUCUAUUGGCAUCCCGGCGACAUUGCCUACGCCGAUUACUGGUUGAAGGAGGAGGCGCAAGGCUUCCUUCCCAAUGAUACAGUCCGUGAUGGCCCGGCCCUGUAUGAGUCGCUCUUGAAUCAGUAUUUCGACGAAAUGACUGCCUUGACUGCCGAUCGGCCCUACAUGGUUGGACCUGGUAACCACGACUCGAACUGUGACAAUGGAGGCACCACCGACAACGGGGUUGCUUAUAAUGUCAGCAUCUGUCCGAUGGGCCAGACCAACUUCACGGGUUUCCGCAACCAUUAUCGCAUGCCUAGCGAUGUAUCUGGGGGUGUGGGAAACUUCUGGUACUCCUUCGACCACGGCAUGACUCACUUUAUCCAGUUGAACACUGAGACUGAUAUCGGCGAUGGAUUCAUUGGGCCGGACGAGCCAGGAUCCUCGGAAGGCAUGAACUCUGGCCCAUUCGGAUCUUACCCUAACGAGCAGAUCGAUUGGCUCAAGAAGGACUUGGAGAGUGUGGACCGUCAGAAGACACCUUGGGUCGUUGCGGCGGUACAUCGCCCUUGGUACGUGAGUGCCAAGAACACCAGCUCUACCGUCUGUACCGAAUGCAAGGAUGUCUUCGAGCCGCUGCUCGUUCAGCACAACGUCGACCUUGUCAUCCAAGCGCACACCCACUUCUACGAGCGCAACCAGCCCUUGAACGACUAUGUGAUUGAUCCGGCCGGUCUGGACAACCCCACAUCGCCGUGGUACAUUACCACCGCCGCCCCGGGCCACUACGAUGGAUUGGACAACUAUGCUUUACCCCUGAAGCCCUAUGUUGUUUACGCCGAGGAUACCGCCUACGGGUGGAGCAAGAUCACGUUCCAUAAUUGCACUCAUAUGACGCAUCAAUUCGUGUCUAGCAGCAAUAACACCAUUCUUGACACCGCGACGUUGUUCAAAGACCGCAAGUGUGGCUCUAUCUAG